GACACUUUCCCACGACCAGUCUUGAAGAACAAGACUCUCCACAGCGCUAUAGAAUAUUAGAAAAACGCAGGCCAACAAGGGCAAUUUUCUUUCCUGUUUAUUAUAUUUUUCUGCAUCCCCUUGCCGGCGUGGAUCACUCAUUUCGUUGGCGCCGGGUCCAUCCCCCGCCACAGCUCCGCCAGCCGCGUUCUCCAAAUACCACAGCGCUUCGGCCGCAUCUGCCUGGGCCUGUCUCCAACCAACACCCAUUACACCAGACUUCCUCGAUAUAUAGACGAUCUUCAUACGCAUCGAACCGACAAAGCUGCCAUUACCCGCUCCCACCUCCUUCGCUGGGCUACAGUCGCCUGGGCUACUGGCGCGUGAGCCUCAGACGACAGAGCUCGCUCUGCUGUAGCAGCUGCAGACCACAGCCCCUCCUCCUCUGCCCUUCCCCGCGCCUCAAUGCCGAGUAAAAAGAAGCAUGCUAAAGCGAACGGCGGGAUUGCGGCGGCGGUGGCCAGCCAGGCCGCAAAUGACAGUAGUGUCGAACCAAGCACGAGCAGCGAUGCAUCCUCCAAAGGCCAAGUCGCCUCCAACCCCUCCUCGCCUGGCCUGAGCAGCCCCGAGUUUAAACCAACGCAGCAGCCGCCAGCCGGCAUGUCGCCUUUGGUUGGACCCUUUUCUACGACGUCUAUAUCAGCAAGCCCACGAUACGGCAACGGCUACGAAUGGUCUAGAGGUGCCAUGGCUGGCUCGCCCGGUAAUCUGAUCAGUCUUGCCGGAGAAUCGCCCCCCACAAACCCUUCGUCGUAUGAAGACGCCGGAGCUCGCUUGCACCAAGGAUGGGGUAUUCCGCACAGACAAAUCAUGACGCCUUCUCCAACAUCCCUCUCCCCUCCGGCCGGAAGUCGGAGGCCCAUUAGCUACCACAUGGAUGCAAACUACCUGAGCGAGACUCCUCCACAGUCCUCUGUCCCCUCGCAGAGACGCAGCUCCAUGCAUUCUCCUCUACACGCCGCUGAGCAGACACGGUCACCAUUCUCGCAACCUGCCUACCCAGAUCAUAACACUGACGCGACAUCUGCAUCGCUAGCCGGUCUUAGAGCUGGUGAUAAUGGCCUCUACUUUGGCUUUGACAAGCUACCGGCAUCGACAGACUCCGCCGAGGCCGACACUGUUGUAGUGGCAGGUUACCAUGGCGGACUUCGAAUCUAUUCUGUUGGGAAACGAGGCCUUGACCCAGUCGGCAGUCUGAAAGGACUGCGAGGUGGCGUCUUAAAUGCAAAGAUUUUGCCGUGGACCUUGAAACAGGAUCCAGAGGGCCUCUGUCCGCUAAUUUGUGUUACCAUUCAUGGGCCUGUUUUGCCAGCCAGCCCAACUGCUGUGCCGGAUGAUACAGACUCUGUGAGGACUGACGCUCCUACAAACAAUCCACUUCCAGUGGUUGAUGCUUAUCAGACCAGUGUUGAAAUAUACUCUCUCAAGACGAAUCAACUGGUGGACGUCAUUUUGCAGGCACCGCUGCAGCCCAUCAGCACCCAGGUUUCCAUUACGAGCCCGUUAUUCCAACCUCCGCCCCCGGCCAGCUCAUUUUCGAUUCAUUGUGGUGAAGGAUUAAUCGCCAUUUGCUCUGGAGUCAGUGGCGAAUGCUGGGUAUACUCGCAGCUUGCUGAGAAGCAAAAUGGAAACUACGUGGCUUGUCUAGGAAAGGUUUGGACCUGCUUACAGCGUACUCAUAAACCAGAUACGGCAGAUGAGACCAACUCUACGCAGAGCAAGCUGCCAUCUCGUCCCAGAGGGCAAUUAGCAGCGUUUUCUGUUUCAGGACACUGGAUUGCCUAUGCGCCAGCUGCUCCGUCUUCGCAAAUGUCCCUUCGUGCUCAUCUGCCAGUGCCCAUCCUAGGCAAAGGCCCUGGUAUAACAUCUGUCACGCCACCGCAAGCCCCUCAGCUCAACUCGUCUAUCGAAACAUCCAUGGCCGAUAGCAUGAUGAAUAAAAUUAUGCGAGAGACGACCCAAGAGCUGCUGCAAGGUGCCAAAUGGGUUGGAAAACAGGGACUUCAAGCCUGGAACUCAUACUGGAACAAGCCAGCUGCUGGCCAGCAGCAUCCAUCCGUAGCACAGUCACCUCCAAAGCAAUGGAAUGGAAAUCAAGGUGCCGUGUCGGGGGCAUCCAACUUCCCACCUACACAUGGCGCUUCAACAUCGCCAGCCAUCAAAGAGCCUGGUCUUAUCUCGAUACUCGACGCACAUUCACUACCACUCUCGUCAUCCCUCCAUCCACUCAUAACCUUUCCCUCACCAGGCGGCUGCAGCUUCCUUUCUCUUUCGCCCACUUCAUUUAACCUCUUUACUGCCAACAGCAAAGGAGACGUGCAAAUCGUGUGGGAUUUGCUUCGUCUGCGAAGCACACAUCUCUCACCACUACAAACAGCCACAUCCACAUUGUCAGCGUCGGGUCCACUAGUCCGUCAGGUAGCCCAAUUUUCUCGCAUGACGGUUGCGCGCAUUAUUGACGUAUGCUGGAAGGAACCUACUGGGGAUCGGCUGGCUGUUGUUACAGAGCGAGGGACUGUUCACAUGCUUGAUAUGCCAUUUGGAGCAUCUCUGUGGCCUCCCCCAAGACGUAGGAGAAUUCGAGCCAAGAAUGAUGAAGGCAAGACGGAUACACCUUCAUCCGCCGUGUCUAUAGCGACAGGUGCCAUUGGGGCAGCCUACCAAGCCGCAAAGCCGUUUGUGAAUCGAUCGAGGAGAAGCAGCGGUAAUGGGUCAGCAGCACCGGCAGCACCAGUCGCCACGUUGAAAGAGUCGGCAGCCCAUGGCGGCAGAGUCAUUGCGGCAAGCAUCACGAGCUCGAUUGGCAAAACCAGCACCGCCAUAAACCAGCUGCGACAUACCAGAGAAAACCGAGUCGCUCUACCGAGCAGCGCCUCUCUUCCCUCUCCUUGCUGUGUUGCCUGGUCAGCGACAAACCGAUCCUCCCUCUACACUGUCGGAGGCGGGACUGUCCGCAAGUUUCCGGAACGAGGAACAGCAGCACGAUCAACAGGGUCAUCCGCACGGAAUCGACCAGCAAGAUCAGCUCGACCUAUAGACUUCAAGGUCCCGUUGCUUCCCGAUGCAACAGUGGCACCUUUGAUACGCAAAGUUCUAGAUGGGAUGCCAGCCGAGGAUUACUUGGACCUAUCGGAGCCAGAGACGGAUGUGGCUAACACUGUGACGCUAAAGGGCAAACGUGUGGCCGCUAUGCCCGAAGCAGGCUCGGCAGCUGCCAUUACGCACGUGGAAAUCGAAACGAGCACUCCCUACCAACCGUUCCAUACAGAUCGACGAGUCGGGCUCUGCGAAUAUGUCACAACAACAGCAACGUCGGACAACAUCGACAAGAGCAACGCAGACAAGCUAAAGAGCACAAAGAAGAAUAAGGGUGUCGAUACGGCACAGGCCACGAGAGGCCCUAGUUCUUCGGCGUGGGCAUUUGGAGGCAGCCUGCCCUGCACCAAGAUCAAUGUUGGCAUGGCCCCAGCGGCGGCGGAAGACGAGACGGAUGGGGUGGUGACAGACGAUGGCCCACUCAUGUCAUCGACAACGCAGCACAUUACGCCAUAUGGGGAAGCCGAGCAGAUUGUGGUGACUACGAGACGGCGACGUGGCGCGAGGCAGGGCGAGGACGGGCUUGAGGAUGGCUUCUUUGAGGACGACUGCGAGGUUCUUGAUUUUGCAGAUCAGCGCGUGUGAGUUGGGAAAUGGAUGGGUAUGACUGAGCAUGUGCUGUGUCGCGUGUGGCUCGGCUCUACAUAGUUGUGUUUCUCGUUUUGGUUUAAAGAGCCUUCUCCUUUGAUGCGUACUCGUUUGUAGCAGUGCCAGGCAACUGUUUUAUUGGUCAUGUUCAUCAUUCCAAUGGAAUCUCUACUAUAGUGCAGACAUCCAUAGUAUCAUCCAGGUGUUUAACCAUCCAUCACAUGUCAUGUUUCAAACCCGUUAUUUUUUUUUCAGUCCGUGGUCGUGUGCAAAUCAGAGCCUCGAGAAGAUACGGCAACCGCCAAUGCGACCAGAUUACGGGGACUUUUAGGGGGGAUCCGCGAGUCGCACAGCAGCAAGCCACCACGUGUUGGGGCACAACAACAGCGCUUCCUUCACAUGCUGUUGCUGGCGGUGGUGGUGGUGCUGCUGCAACCUGUCGCCUGCAGCCUGCCCUAUCCGACACCGCUAGUCAUGUACCAAGCAUAUGCAGUUUGCAGCAUGAAGCUACUUAACAGGGCAAAUGCAGAACAGCGUCCAACAAGACCCUGAAGAUUGCCAAGUAACCAAACAACAGCUCAU